AUGUCUGGAAUGACUCCGACUGAUACCUGGAAGUUUUUGAAUCAGACGGAGGGUGUUCAUAAUUGUUCUAAGACACUUGUGUUUGACUGGCACAAGCGUUUUAGGGAAGGUCAGACGGAAAUUACCGAUAAUGCACGAAGCGGAAGACCGUGUAACGAUCAGCGCUCAAUCCAAGAUGUGAAGGACCAUAUCGCCAAAGAUGGGAGAAAGUCGAUUGAUGAUAUCGCAGACACCGUCGGGCUUUGUGAUGGAACUGUACAUAAGAUAGUGACGAAGGAUUUAAACAUGAAUAAGGUAUGCGCCCGCUGGGUACCUGGGUUACUUACAGAUGAAAACAAAGCAACCCGUGUAGACGCUUCCCGAGAAUGUUUACGGCGAUAUGAUAGAGACGGCGAACGAUUCCUAAGGCACAUUAUCACUACGGAUGAGACGUGGGUGAACUUUUACGACCAGGAGA